CAUGGUUGCAGGACUCCGGUACCCACGCGCUGAAGCGCUGCUGUGAGGUGUGAAGGGAGUCCUGCGGGUUCCGCCGGGUUUCCCAGGCCAGCGAACUGGAAAGGCGCCAUGGGCCGGAAAUCGACAGCUGCAAAUACCAUGUAGUGCCCUGGUAACAUAACCACCCGAUGAGAACAAUGGGACGGAAGUGUAAGAUGCCGCAUGUUUUCUCCAGUCACAGAAGAUCUUAUUAGGCGGAAUGCUGAGCACAAUGAGUGUGUAAUUUUUUCCCUGGAGGAACUCUCCUUGCAUCAGCAAGAAAUAGAAAGACUAGAACACAUUGACAAAUGGUGCCGGGAUUUGAAAAUUCUCUAUCUUCAAAAUAACCUCAUUGGAAAAAUUGAAAAUGUUAGCAAACUCAAGAAACUUGAAUAUUUGAAUCUAGCUUUAAACAACAUUGAAAAAAUUGAAAAUUUGGAAGGAUGUGAGGGGCUGACAAAACUUGACUUGACUGUAAAUUUCAUUGGCGAGCUGAGCAGCGUUAAAACCCUGCAGCAUAAUAUUCACCUGAAGGAGCUUUUCCUCAUGGGUAACCCGUGUGCUGACUUUGAUGGGUACAGGGAGUUCGUCGUUGUGAACCUGCAACAAUUAAAGUGGUUGGACGGUAAAGAAAUAGAGCGCUCUGAGAGGAUUCAGGCAUUGCAGAACUAUCCAGCAGUUGAACAGAAAAUCCGAGAUCAGGAAAAAGCUUACUGCCUCCAACGAUCCAAAGAGAAAAAAGAGGAGCAGAAGAGACUUGAGGAAGAAGAUGGAAAUGGAGAGGAGCAGAGGAGAAGCGAGCCAGGCUUUGACAGGCGUUGGCACCCAGACGCCCAUGCUGCCACCUCUUCUUCCAUAGAGAACAAAGACAACCUCCAAGUACGAGACUCACAAGAAGAGGAAUCCAAUGCAAAUAAAUUAGAUAAAAGUGACGAUGACUUGGCAUUCUGGAAUAAACCCUCUUCAUUUACUCCCGAAUCUCGUUUGGAAACACUUAGACAUGUGGAAAAACAGCGCAAGACCCAGGAAAAAUUAAGUGAAAAAAAGAAGAGAGUGAAAGCACCCCGGACUCUGGUCACUGAAGAUGGGAAGGUGCUGAAUGUCAAUGAGGCCAAACUUGACUUCUCUUUGAAAGAUGAUGAAAAACAUAACCAGUUUUCCCUGGACCUGGCUGUCUAUAGGUACAUGGAUACCUCCUUAAUCGAGGUGGAUGUACAGCCAACGUAUGUGCGAGUCAUGGUCAAAGGAAAGAUAUUUCAGCUUGUCCUUCCUGCAGAAGUCCAACCAGACAGAAGCUCUGCUAAAAGGUCACAGACAACAGGACAUUUGGUGAUCAGCAUGCCCAGGGUAGAAGAAGUUAUCACUGGAGGUCGACAAAAAUCCAAGUCUGUGAAAACCACCUUGGACUGCAGCAAAGACCAAACAAAUAAAAGGACCAAGCAAAUUGAAAAACUGGAAGUUGAUCCCAGUAAGCAUUCCUGUCCUAAUGUGGCUACUAUAGUGCAAGAGAAAAAACACACACCCAGGAAACUGGCCUCUCAACCCAAAAUUGUACCCAAUGAGGAAGAUCCAGACUUUGAUGAUAACCCUGAAGUGCCCCCACUUAUUUGAAACACCAGGUUGUGUAGUCACUAGUUGUCACCUGAAAGGCCCCAUGCUGUGUGGUGCAGAGAGACGAUGCAUCACUUCUGGGGUCAACGCACAGUUAACUAUCAUCACCACUGCUAUUGUCUCAACUCCUACUUUGUAUAAUAAUAUUAUGAAGUGAUUUUAGAAUUAAAGUGUAUUCCUCAAA